GAUCGGGCGAUGGCGGCUGCUGGUGUGUCGUGCCUAGGGUGUCCUUGCUCGGAAAGAAGCGGACGCCUCAGUCUCCAGAGCAGUGCGAAGGAGAAGCGUGUUGCCUGCGUGCGGCGGUAUAGCGCCGGGUUGGUGAAGAAUAGAAAAAGUCUUGAAAAUGUUGUCCAGACUCUUUCGAAUGCAUGGCCUUUUUGUAGCCUCUCAUCCAUGGGAAGUCAUUGUGGGAACAGUGACUCUCACCAUCUGUAUGAUGUCCAUGAAGAUGUUCACUGGCAAUGACAAGAUCUGUGGCUGGAAUUAUAAGUGCCCCAAACUUGAGGAAGAUGUUCUGAGCAGUGACAUCAUCAUCCUGACAAUCACACGCUGUAUAGCAAUCCUUUAUAUAUAUUUCCAGUUCCAGAACUUAAGGCAGCUUGGAUCAAAAUACAUUUUAGGCAUUGCUGGUCUCUUUACAAUCUUUUCAAGUUUUGUUUUUAGUACAGUGGUAAUUCACUUCUUGGAUAAAGAACUGACAGGUUUAAAUGAAGCUUUACCAUUCUUUCUGCUUCUGAUUGAUCUCUCAAGAGCAAGUGCAUUAGCCAAAUUUGCUCUCAGUUCCAACUCACAGGAUGAAGUAAGAGAAAAUAUUUCACGUGGAAUGGCAAUUUUAGGCCCUACAUUUACGCUGGAUGCACUCGUGGAGUGCCUUGUAAUUGGUGUUGGUACUAUGUCAGGUGUACGACAGCUUGAGAUUAUGUGCUGCUUUGGCUGUAUGUCUGUGCUCGCCAACUACUUUGUCUUCAUGACCUUCUUUCCAGCUUGUGUGUCCUUGGUAUUGGAGCUUUCGAGAGAGAGUCGCGAGGGACGCCCUAUAUGGCAGCUUAGCCAUUUUGCUCGUGUCCUGGAAGAAGAAGAAAACAAACCAAAUCCUGUAACACAGAGGGUCAAAAUGAUUAUGUCUCUGGGUUUGGUUCUUGUUCACGCCCACAGUCGUUGGAUAGCAGAACCAACUGCUCAGAACAGCACUGUAGAAAAUUCAGUGGGAUUGGAUGAGAAUGCACCAAAGAGAAUUGAACCUAAUGUUUCAUUAUGGCAGUUCUACCUUUCUCGAAUGGCCAGUAUGGAUAUUGAACAAGUAAUCACUCUUGGAUUAGCCCUUCUUCUUGCUGUCAAAUAUAUUUUCUUUGAGCAAGCAGAAACUGAGUCCACACUCUCACUGAAGAACCCUAUAACGUCUCCGGUGAUGGUCCAGAAAAAAGUCACUGACAAUUGCUGCAGGAAGGAAUCAGUACUUACGAGAAACAACCAUAAAUCUAAUGCAGUAGAAGAAGUUUUAGUUCCCAAGGAUGGAAAUGCAGAAGUCAUAAAACCUGUAUUAACAGAGUCAUCCACAAAAGCUACAUUUGUAGUUGGCAAUUGCAGCCCUGUUGAAACACCUUCAUUUCCUAAUGGAAAACAGGAAGAAAUGGAGUUGCCUGCUGAGCCACGUUCUAUUGAGGAAUGUGUUUGUAUACUUCAAAAUGCAGAGAAAGGAGCCAAAUUUCUUACUGAUGCUGAGGUUAUAAGCUUAGUUAAUGCUAAGCACAUUCCUUCAUACAAAUUGGAAACCCUGAUGGAAACUCAGGAGCGAGGUGUGUCCAUUCGCCGGCAGAUGUUAUCUACGAAACUCCCUAAUCCUUCAUCUUUGCAGUAUCUUCCUUACAGGAAUUAUAAUUAUUCCUUGGUUAUGGGAGCUUGCUGUGAAAACGUGAUUGGAUAUAUGCCUAUUCCUGUAGGCAUAGCAGGACCACUAUUUUUGGAUAACAAAGAGUUUCAGGUGCCAAUGGCAACAACAGAAGGAUGUCUGGUAGCAAGCACAAACAGAGGAUGCAGAGCAAUAUGUCUUGGUGGAGGAGCAAGUAGCUGUAUUCUCGCAGAUGGAAUGACUCGAGGACCUGUUGUAAGGAUGCCCACUGCUUGCCAGGCUGCAGAAGUGAAAGUCUGGCUUGAAAGCCCUGAAGGCUUUAAAACAAUGAAGGAAGCUUUUGACAGCACAAGCAGGUUUGCCCGCUUACAAAAACUUCUCAUCAGUUUGGCUGGUCGUAACCUUUAUAUACGUUUCCAGUCUGGAACAGGGGAUGCAAUGGGAAUGAAUAUGAUUUCAAAAGGUACUGAAAAAGCACUGGCAAGGUUAAGUGAAGAGUUUCCUGAUCUUCAGGUUAUAGCUAUUAGUGGUAACUAUUGUACAGACAAAAAGCCUGCUGCUAUAAAUUGGAUAGAAGGCAGAGGAAAGUCUGUUGUCUGUGAAGCAGUCAUACCAGCCAAAGUUGUUAGAGAAGUAUUGAAGACAACUACAGAAGACAUAGUUGAAGUCAACAUAAACAAAAACCUGGUGGGUUCUGCAAUGGCUGGUAGCAUAGGUGGCUACAAUGCACAUGCGGCCAACAUUGUGACAGCUAUCUACAUUGCCUGUGGUCAGGACGCUGCACAGAACGUGGGCAGCUCUAAUUGCAUCACUUUGAUGGAGCGAACUGGUACCACCAACGAAGACCUCUACAUCAGCUGCACGAUGCCUUCUAUAGAAGUAGGAACUGUUGGUGGAGGCACUAACUUGCUUCCACAGCAGGCCUGUUUGCAGAUGUUAGGGGUGCAAGGUGCCAGCCAAGAUAACCCUGGUGAAAAUGCCCGUCAGCUUGCUAAGAUUGUUUGUGCUACAGUGAUGGCAGGGGAAUUGUCAUUAAUGGCAGCUCUUGCAGCUGGACAUCUAGUCAAGAGCCACAUGAUCCACAACAGGUCAAAAAUAAAUCUACAAGACCUUCAAGGAACCUGCACUAAGAAAGUGGCUUGAAUUGAAUGCUAAAUCGGCUUUGAAAUGAAGAAUUGUUGUAGCAGCUCACUGCGUGCACAGGAGAAUAAACCAAAAUCUGUGAAGUUUAGAAUGAAAAUUACCUUCAACAAAAUGAUGUCUGUGUAAGAUAAACAGAGUUCCACAGACUUCUGUGAUCCUAAUUAGACCUCCAACCUUCCUCAGUGGUUGGAGAUGGCUACAUGAAAAGAGUCUUGUCAGAUGUCUUGAGCAUGGCUUUGGAAUUCAUACUCUUACACAGCAUUUUCUAAAGGGUCAGUCUUCUGUUCUUCACAAGUUGAUACUAUUUUGAUAACACAGCUCCUGGUUACUAACAAGCUGAAAAGUGAUGUCACACACUUUGUAUAUCUGGAAAAAAAAAAAGGAAGUCAAUACAACAACAAAAAAUUGGUCUAAACUUGGAUUGAAUGCACUGGUCUUUGCCAUCUUUUAUUUUCUAGUUAGGCAUGUGUUUUAAAGUGAUGGCAAGCUUAAUCACUUUCCUUCAUCUCCCAGAUUAAUUUUGUUCUCAUGUAAAAUUUAGGUUCUGAGUUACAAGAAAAUUGUAUUGAAUCAUUAAUCUUAGAGAAAUCUCUAUAUAGUACUUAAUUUGCUGCUCUUCCAGCUAAGCAACACUCAAUGUUUUAACAUCACAGUUUAGGUUAUUCCUAUAUGGAAAACUUACUACCUAUAAAGUUCCGAAUGCUAAAUGUAAUCUGUACUGAAGUAGGGAAAAACAGUGUCUUUAGGUGUUUCAUUAUUUUGUUCCAGUAGAAAAAGUAGAUUUUGAAACAAGUAACUCUAAAAACGGUCAUGUGUCAGAGAGGUUAGUAACUUAACAAAUGCAGGUUCCCAAAUCUUUUCUUUUUGAUAGGAGUGCAUUCAAACAACAGGAGUCAAGAACAGAUGUUUACACUUCUUUUAAAAGAUGUUUCUUAAGGUACAGUGUGUUUGUUUAGUCCUAACUAUUCUAUUUUUUUAAGUGUUGGACACUUACUCCCCAGGAGUAGGCCUACAUCCGCUGCUUAAGCUGAGAAAAAGCAAAGCCAGAAAAUCACACUGUUCUUUUAACUUUUUUUUUUAAUUAUUAUUUCUUUCAAACUUUUUGAAGGGGGAUUAUUUAUUGGAAAAAGAAAUGUUAAUUCUUUUUUCAAUGAAAAGUACUUUAUUGUGAAAUGACAUGUUACUGCAACAAGGAGUUUUGUAUUAAAAUUCUGUACUUGGACCAGUGAGUCAGUCUCAGGUGUUUUAAUGUAAUACAGAAAUCUCAGAUGUAUUCUGAUUUGAUUUGCCUCUAGAAAUAUUGCUAAACACAUCACCCUGCCUAGGUAAUUACAGGAGGAAAAUGUUAGUGUGCUCGAUAAUGGGGAUGUAUUUUCUUUUGUUUAGGUUGAUUUGUUUGGGAUUUUUGGGGGGGGAUAUGACUGAUUGGAUUGGGUUUCUUGCAGGAAUGCAGUGGCACUCCUAAAGGGGUGACUUGCAGAGGUGCUCUUCUCAUGGGCAAACUUGAUCUAAAUCAUGAUGGGUUGUUUGUAGUACGUCAAUGCAUUACUACCGCUGUAAUGAGUUUAUAAAGCUAAGGUACAAGCAUGAAGACAUACUACAUGACAGAUUAUGUUACGAUAGCAUGUAAAUACCAUGGAUGUUUAUCUUUCUGCAGUAUUGUUGCUAAUAGCUACUAUUUUAUUUAAGCAAAUUUGGAACUACUUUAUGUUCAUUCAGUGAUCUUAUUUAAAGUAACACUGUUCUAGCAAUAAACUGUGGUUCAGUGUUCGUUUUGGUGGGUUUAACUGACAUUCUGUCUUGCAGAAUUAACAUUUUGUAUUAUUACUAAAUUGUGUACAUUUUGGUACAGAACUACUUUUUCAGUUUCAGUAAAACAAUGACAAAUGUA